UGUAACUGUAGAGAUCAGGAACUGGAAGGAGAGAGCUCCAAACUGGAAUAGGAGGGAGGAUGGGGAAAUCAGUAGAAGCCUGUUCUUUCUCGCCCUUAAUCGAGCUUUUGGGCUCCUAUUUAUUGUUCUAAGGCUGCAUCCCUAGAAAUGCUUAUGAUCACUACUUUAAUGUCUCGCUCUUCCUCUCUGGAGGUUAGAGCAGCAUAUAUGUUCCCCCGCCCCCCGGUUAUCUUCGCAAGAGCCCUGUAAGGCCAAUCAUGAAGCUCAAACGAGGAAACAAGUUUAAGACGCCAUCCAAAUUUAAACAAAAAGGCAUCAAAGUAACAGGGACAUGGAAGCCUGUUGAGAUUGACCCGAAUCUCUUUGCCGACGAGCAACUCGAAGGCUUAGUAUGCUUUGAGGAGCUCACGGAUUAUAAAUUGGUGUCUUCCUCAAAAACUGGAGAAGAAAAUGUCAAGAGGAAAAAAUGCAAUAGCAGGCCUAGAGAAGAGGAAGACCUUGAGGAAGAGAGUAGCACAGUUCCCAAAAAGAAGAGGAAGAAGGAGAAAAAUCUGAAACAUGAAGUGAGGAGCAAUGAUGAACCUAAAAUGGAAGAAGUGGUAAUUAAGCAGGAGUCCAAGUCCAAAGAGGCCAUCGCUAGUAAUGAGCAAGGUGAAAGUGUGGCAGGGGACACUACAGGCCUGAAAAGAAAACAGGUGAAGAAAAAGAGGAAGAGAGAAUUGAAGAAGAAAACACCAUGUCCUCCCCAAGAUGUCACGAAACCAGCUAAAUCUUCUACAAAGGCUAAAAAUUGGACGGCAAUUGAAUCUGCCAAUUCAGAUCAGAAAAUAGACAUGUCUGCAUGGAAAGGCCUCUUCAUUCCUAAGCCUGUUCUUCAGGCACUGAGGAACUUGGGGUUCAGUGCACCAACUCCUAUUCAGGCCCUGGCUCUGCCUUCUGCUAUUCGAGAUGGCAUGGAUGUCCUUGGUGCUGCAGAAACAGGAAGCGGUAAGACUCUUGCUUUUGCCAUUCCCAUGAUCCAUUCCAUUCUGCAGUGGCGCAAAUCGAAAGGUUUAGCAAGUGGAAGUGAUGGCCUGCUUGAAGAAGGAGGGGAUAGUGAGGAUGAGAAGACAAAGAAGGAAGCUAGUGAGGAAACGGAAGGCCUAAACCUGGAAAGGGAUGAAGCUCAUGGUGCUGCUGCUGAUGACAAAUCUCUGGCAACAGGCAACCUGAAGGUGUUGGAGGAUGCAGAAUGUGAUGUGGGUCCCCCAAAACAUGAUGAUGUUGCGCAUGAAAGCAGUCCUCUUCUUGGGUUGGUCUUAACUCCUACAAGGGAACUGGCUGUCCAAGUGAAGCAUCAUAUUGAUGCAGUGAACAAGUUCACAGGCAUUCUAACAGCCAUUCUGGUCGGAGGGAUGGCUCCUCAGAAGCAGCAGCGAGUCCUAAAAAGGAAGCCAGAGAUUGUAAUUGCAACCCCGGGACGACUGUGGGAGUUAAUACAGGAGAAACAGCCACAUCUCUCAAGCCUACGGCAACUCAGGUGCCUGGUGAUCGACGAAGCAGACCGGAUGGUGGAGAGGGGUCAUUUCUUAGAGCUCUCCCAGUUGCUGGAAAUGCUUAGUGAUUCGCAAUACAACCCAAAACGCCAGACAUUUGUCUUCUCUGCCACCCUGACUCUGAUCCAUCAGGCUCCGGCUAGAGUUUUCCAGAAGAAAAAAGCUAUCAGAAUAGACAAGAAGACCAAGCUGGAAAUGCUGAUGCAAAAAAUGGGCAUCAAGGGCAAGCCCAAGGUGAUAGACUUGACGAGAAAAGAGGCCACUGUGGAGACUCUCACGGAGACCCGGAUCCACUGUGAUACAGAGGAGAAAGAUUAUUACCUCUACUACUUUCUCCUUCAGUACCCAGGCAGAACCAUGGUUUUUGCAAACAGUAUUGAUUGCAUCAAGCGACUCACCGCCCUCCUGACUAUAUUAGACUGCAAUCUCUUGCCUCUUCAUGCGAACAUGCACCAGAAACAAAGGUUAAAAAACCUGGAGAGGUUUGCUGAACGCAACAGCUGCGCCCUCUUGACAACUGAUGUUGCCGCUCGUGGUCUCGACAUUCCUCAUGUGCAGCACGUCAUACAUUACCAGGUUCCCCGCACUUCUGAGAUCUAUGUGCACAGAAGUGGCAGGACCGCCAGAGCUUCGAAUGAGGGCCUGAGCUUGCUUCUGAUUGGCCCAAACGACAUGAUGAAUUUCAAAAGGAUUUAUAAGACACUGGAGAAGAAUGAAGAGCUUCCUUUUUUUCCUGUUGAAACAAAAUGUAUGACGGCAAUCAAGGAGCGGGUGAACUUGGCAAGACAGAUUGAGAAGAUGGAAUAUUUCAACAGCCGUGCAAAGCACCACAACUCUUGGCUCCAGCAAGCUGCAGAAGCACUUGAGCUUGAUUUGGAUGAUAAUGAGCUAAUAGGAGGUCAGCCCAACGAGCAAGAAGAGAGUGAGAAACAGAAGAUGCUAAAGGAGAUGAAGAAGCAUCUGAAACGCUUGCUCUCUCAGCCAGUAUUUAAAAACCUUAUGAAGACCAAAUACCCAACCCAGUCUGGGAAACUACUGGUGUCUGAUGUUUCAGGGGAGUGUUCCCAGUCUGCAUUGGGCGUCAUGUCAAAAGCACAAGUGAAGAAAAUCAAGAUGAAACCACGACAAAAUGUAGACAAGCUAAAUAACUGACAGGACAUUUGGGAUGCGACAUAAGGGACCCUUAAUUCUCCCCAUCUUAGUCACUGGGAGUUUUUAUGCACACGCCUGUACUGGAAUGCUUGCUGCUUCCUCUCCUGUUGCUUCUCUCAAAUUGGUCCAAGUACAUGUAAAAACAUCUGGUUCUUCCUGGUGCUGAGUUUACCUUACUUGCAAGUGAUGUCCCUGCAUCUUUUGUGUUUUAUUUGAAACACAUCAUCAGAAAGAACCAAGUGAGUGGAAAUGUUUGGAUAUGAUGGGGUUGGCAUAGAAGCAACUGCAGAGAUGGUAGUGAGCCCUUAGAUACAGGUGCAAAUAAAAGGUGUGUGUGUGACAGAGAGAGACAGCUGUGUAUCUUUUUACCAACUGCUGUUCCUCAUUUAAAUUGUGGGCCACUGCAUUAAAAUUUCUAAAGAGAGCCCUUUUAUUAUUUGUAACUCUUUAAAUUUUAUGUUAGCAUUUGAUGCUUCAAACUGCGGCAGCAGUCGAGCUUAUUGGAGAAAGAACAAACUAAAACAUGGCAGGGGAAAUCAGAGUGUGCCCUAUAUAAAAUAGAGAAUGCUUCCUGAUUUGUUUUUCUUAAACUUGUCCAGUUGAAGCCUUCAUUAAAAUAUUUGUGAAACUUUUUAAGCAUUUUUUGUUGCACCCAAAGCACAUAAAACAAGAUUAGAGCAGGCAAUAAGAUAACAGAAACAUUUUCAACAGACAGGGUUUUAUCCAAUGGUUGCAUGAGCAGGAGGCAGCUCAUAUAGCUCAUUUCCCACUGUUCAGGAGUGUCCUCAGAUCCUUUGGCAUGGGUGUGUGUGUGUUUUUUAAGGAGUGGUACAGAGGACUACAAGGAGAUAGAGGGAAGAGAACGAUCAGAGUGGGAAAAGGCAGCAACCACAUGGUUUUGUCGAUGUGUUUGAAAACAAAUUCCAUUUUCAGAAUUCACUGCCUUCAACAACUUAAAAACGUCACACGAGAUCGGUUGGAAGAAGUUCUGUAUAUAUCUCAUUUACAUCGGAAAAUUACUGACUUGGAAAACAGGAGGGUAGGAGAAUAAGCACGACUAUCCUACUUUGACAAUCUUUUAAAGAUCAUUUGGUUACAUCUAUGCUCUGCCACUCACAAAGUUGGAAUAGUUUACCAAAAUGUGUCAGAUUACAACUGCUAGUUGUCUGUGUGGAAAGAUAUGCUUCUCUCAGAGGAGGAGGAGGAGGAGGAUUUUGUGUUAGUUGGCUGCCCUGGAGGCUCUUUGAAGUCAUAUUCAGUGGGGUACUAAUCUUAAAAUAGUGAUGGAAUUAAUUCAUGAUUCACAAGGAUAUUUAUUCAUUCAUUAUUAAUCACCUUCCACAUACUUCCGUAUCUCAAUGCAAUAUACAAGGAACUAGCCAACAAUGGUGUGGACAGCAAAUGUAACAGAACAAUCUCAUGCUGAUUCCCUGUUUAUUCUUCCCUCCGCUUCCCACCCUUUCCCCUAUAGUUUCCCACGUCAAAUUUUAAAUUGUGAGCUCUUUGCGGCAAGGACUCAUUCCCUUAUAUUACCAUGCUUGGCAAUAUUGUUGGUUUUGUAGUAUUAGUAGUAAUAAUAAUACAUUCAUCUGCUUGUCAAGCUGGCAGCAUUGACCUGUACGGCCACAGUGUUGUGUUAACAUUUGGGGGAGGAGGGUGUUCAUAGAAAAAAUUGCAAUGUCAUUUCCCAUUUUAAAAAAGUAUUCUGAGUUAUUCUGAUCAGCUCUAUGUGCAUACAAACUGAUCAUCUUCUAAUACAGUGUGGCAACACCUACUGUUUGGAACACCCUGCACAUUAAUAUUAGGCAGGCGCCCUCACUGUAUUUGGGGGCAGUGGACAUGCUAAAAUCAUUUAAGUUUCAGCAAGCCUCCCCAGGCAUGUAAUUUUAACAUGCAUUUUUUUUUUUAGAAAUAAUGGUUUUAAAUUGGUUGCUUUCAUUUAUACCUUGAUUUUUAAAAAUUGUCAACUUGUUUUUAAUAUGUUCUUUUAUCUCUAUUUUAAUAAAUAUUUUAUAUUA